ACCAAGUUGCUUGACAUUUGUGAAUAUUUGUAGUGCAUAUAAAAUGUUAUAGAUUAUUUGGUGAUACUGAACCUUUUUUACCAUGGUUAUAUUCGUUCGACAAAAAUAAAAUAUCGCAAGUUUUACCUUACCGUAAUCGUGACUUUGUAAUGGAAAGAUCAAAUAACUCCAGCGAAAUGAGUAGAAGAGCCGGAGAAUUUUUAAGGCGACUUAACAGGUUCGCCGAUGGUCCAUUGACGAGGAAAAAGUUAGUCCUUAUCAUCCUAGUCGUGAUAUUCCUGCUUCUGUAUGUAGGGCCGACAAUCAUGAACUCUCUGUUCAACAGGGAAGGUUCUCUGACAAACAACCAAAAUAUUUGUCACCGGAACUUUUUAAACCCCUUUCAAGAUGCUCUUAAUGAAUACGAUGCAUAUUUACGAUUGGAAUCUUCCGCCACAUUGUCGACUUUGAGCCACAACUAUGUGCCUUAUGUAGGGAAUGGAGUUUUGGGAUUAACAUUGGAACAUGAUUCCUAUAUGAAUAUUAAAUUUGGCAGAACUUUAUCACUGCCAGUAUACUACCAUCCCCUUUACAUAAUAGAUGAUUUAGAUAUGAAAGAAUCGACAUUAGUGGAUUACAAGAAUGGUAUUGUACACAGAUUUCAAUGCAGCAUUACUGGGAUACAUGUUUCAUAUAAAUAUUAUGCUCACAGAACUACACCAUCAUUAUUUGUACAAGAAAUAUUAAUAAAUAACCCUCUAAAUGCUCCUAAAACAAUCCACUUCUCCACACCUAGACUCUCUGAUUGGCCAACAUCUGUAAAACAAGUAAUCAAAUUGCAUCAAGGUGUAGAUGCUAAAGAGUACGAAGUUGUCACAGGCAUGAUUGAUUUGCCAGAAAGCGAGAAUGUAAUCGCUGUGUCUGUGGUAUGUCGGAAGAUGAACAGUAUUUUACAUAUUGAAGCUAGGGAUGGUGUGGAUCUUUUAAUAUUAACAACUAUACAAUACAGUAAACCAAUAAAAAAAUCAGAUUAUGCACAACAAAAAGAUAUUGUUGAGAAAAAAGCUAUUGCUGAAAUGGAGAAAGUAAUAGCAAUGACUGGUGAUAGAGUUGCUGUGAGAAAAUUAAGAGAUAGUCAUUCUACAGUCUGGCAGGGUUUGUGGGAGACUGGCUUCUACAUAUCAGAUUCUAAAGCUGAAGGCGUCAUCAAUGGUGAUCGCAUUAAUGCUACUAUAUACGCUAUUCUUUCUCAAGUAAGAAGCUAUGAACACGAGGAACAUAUCAAACCAUCCACCAAAUCAGAGAUAUUAAAAACUCUAACCUAUUCUGAAGGUUGUUAUGAAGGUUAUUCAACAUUGGAUGCAUUUAAUUUGUGGAAACCUUUAAAUUCAUUGUCUAAUUUAGACAAUGUAGCAAGUAGAUGGCUGCUUACUCUAGAAAAACAAGGAUGUCACAAUCUUCUUAAGGCUGGUGCAAGUGGUGUAAACCAGGCCAUGAUACUUAGUUUUGGUAGCUUAAGGUUUAGCAAUCAACACCUCGAGUACAAUAUCCAUCCAUCAAAAUUACAUAGAGACUUUUUGUUUCGUAGAAUCAACUAUGGAAACAGAACCCAUGUCAACAUAAGUGUUAUUUUACAAGAAGAUAACAAGGCUGCUAUAUUUGUGGCUUUGGAUCGCUCCGAUAAAACAUAUUAUGCCUGCGAUGCUGGCUGUCUUGAUUCACCUGUUCAAUUGGGUCCCUACAGAAAGUAUUUCCCUGUAAAAUUAACCGAACCUUUGACAGCAAUUCUGUACAUAACAGCUGAUAAACAGCAUAUGGAGGACUUACGUCAUGCUAUCCAUGUUCACGAGGUAGUAGAGGCACCGGCCCAUGAGCAUCAUGUCAUAGCGCUACACAGACAUGGCACUACUUUUGGCGGCCUAAACCCAUUAGUUUGGGCAUCUAUAAUAAUUUUAAUAGUUAUUUUUCACUUAUUCCUUUGUAGAAUCAUAAUGAAUGAGUUCUGUGAUAGCGGCACAAAUAUAUCUUACAAGAGGUUGUAUAACAAGGCUUAAUUGUUUAAUUGGUUUAGAAGUGCUUCAGUAUUCAGUGCUUGCAUAUGCAGCUUUUAAUAAUUAUACAUACAUUAAUUAGUUUAGUCACUGCCAAAUGUUCUGUAAAUUUCUUUAAAAGCUAUUGUAUAUAUUAUUUAAAAUUAUAUUUAUUAGAAUUAUCUAUAAUAAUUACUUCUCCAGUUUGGUAUAUUUGUUUAUAUUUGAAAUCGAAUCACAUUUCUCAUAAUCAAAGCUUCCAUUACUUAGUGGCUGUGCAAUAUUUGUUUGAUAAAAACGGCUUAGUUACACAUUAAAAGCUCUCCAUUGUAAUGAACACAUAUGCUGAUAUUUAUAUCUCCAGUGGUUAUAAAAAAUAUUUUAUUACUAAGAUUUGUUAAGUAUUUAAUUUCCCUUGCAUCAUUCUAAUAUAUAUAUGUAUUACAUCCGACCCAAGUUAAAAAAAAAGUCUUGUUAUAUAAUAAUAAUGAAAAUUAGUUUUUUUUGUAUCUGUAAUAUAAAAUAAAAACCAUUUUAUUGAAAUCACCGAAACAUAUUUCUUAGGUAUACAGAUAAAAAUGCAUAAGACAACGACAAAAUAAGAUAGAAUGAAAAAAAAAUAGCUGUCAAUGUACCAUAGCAUGUAUUACUUAUACACAUUGUAAAUAUUCUAUUCUAAUGAUACAAUUAUUGCAAUCACAUUGUGUAAAUUUUCUUAAUAAAAUAGAAUUACGUGGUUAUUUUACAUCCAUGAAGUGGCAUGAGAGGUAAUAUUAUUUUAUAAAUAUAUUUACAUACAAUUUUCUGUUAUAAGGCACAUACAUGUUAUCAUCACAUCCGAAAGGUUCAGUUAUAAAUAAUAAUUACCAAACGAUACCAAUAAACACUUUCAUAACAUUAUUAGUAUUGCGUAUAAAUGUUGCUACAUUAUUUUGUAAAUCGAAUUAUAAAAGCGAAUAUAAAUUGUUUUGUAACCAAAAAAAUAUAAAAGGAAAAUGUGAACUUAAAAUUAAUUAUAAUAACUAUAUUAUUAAUAGUACAUGUUGUUGUUACUUUUAUUUAAAUUGAUGAUAAGAUACAAAUUUAAGAAUAUUUUAUUUCGAAAUUUACUCCAUGGCAUCAAUAGUUUUUGGAUAUCUUUCAAAGCACCUUAUGCAUAAAAUUAUUUUACACUGUAACCUCUAAAUAAUUUGGUACUGUGAACGAUUUGAUAAUCAUAGUCAAAUAAUUGACUUGUUUUGUUCUUUGUAUGUUACUUUCCGUCUGUAGCUACUUAAAUAUCAAUAUUUAUAUCUAAAUAUAGUACAUAAGUUUAUAACAUAAAAUGGCUAUAUACCUGUAAGAUAUAUACGAUUUAAAUAAAUAAAAAUUCAACUUACUGA